UAUUGUAACCGAUCCGUUUUCACCCUACACAAAGAACGGGAGGAAACGGCCCCAAAGCCAAACCCUCUCGUCUUCCACCCUCCUUCCCCUUCCCCUUCCCCUUCUCCGCGGCGGCAGAGUCAAGCUCAGGAGCUCGCUACCGAGAUUGGCUCGAUCUUGCUUUCCCAAGAAGCAUAAAUUUCUUUAGGGUUUUGGCGUCUCCGCGAGGGAGCUGAGUUAGGCGGGGCCUUCGUGAUGGCGGGCACGAAGGCGGACGCCAACGCGGAAACGGGGGGCGGCGGCGGUUCCUUCAGCGAGCAGAGGCUGGCAGAGAAGCUCGACAAGCUCAACAGCUCCGCGGCGAGCAUCCAGACGCUUUCACAAUGGUGCAUUUUUCACCGCAAGAGAGCCAGAAGAGUAGUAGACACAUGGGAAAAGCAGUUUAAUAGUGCAACGAAGGAUAAGAAAGUAUCAUUCCUGUAUCUAUCAAAUGAUAUCCUGCAAAACAGCAAACGUAAGGGAGGAGAAUACGUGAAUGAGUUCUGGAGGGUUCUACCUAGAUCACUGAAACAUGUCUAUGAAAAUGGGGAAGAGGAAGGAAAGAAAGUGGUGGCGAGAUUAAUAGGAAUUUGGGGUGAAAGGAAGGUUUUUGGGACCCGUAUUGAAAGUCUGAAAGAUGACAUCCUUGGUGACAACCCUCCUACAUUGGAUAACAAUGGGAAUAGUUCAAAACCUAGCUCUAAUCCCUCUUCAAAUUCCAAAGCUGCACGGAAGGAUUCCAGUACAAUAGUAAAAAAACUGACUGUUGGUGGUAUGCCUGAAAAGAUUGUAACUGCAUACCAAUUUGUGCUUGAUAAACAUUUUGAUGAAGACACAGCUUUGAACAAAUGCAAGAGUAUUGUUGGUGUUUUGGAGAAGAUAAAUAAAGAUAUAGAUGAUGCUUGUACCCAUGGUAUUCAGCCAGCAUCAUCAUUGAUUUCCGACCUUCAAGAACAGGAAACAACCCUAAAGCAGUGCAUUGAACAACUUGUAAGUGUCGGUACAGCGAGGAUGUCCCUGAUCAAUCAAUUAAAAGAAGCCCUCAGUGAACAGGAGUCGAAGUCGGAGCUUCUUCGCCAUCAGUUGCAAGUUGCUCAAAUAGAGGCUGAACGUGCCAUGCAACUAAGACAACGACAUGGUGGUGCCCUUGUCAUGAAUGGUGCAGGAUCUAUUUCUAGUCCACUCAUGAUUACUCCUCCAGAGCAAACAGCUACCAUGAUGCAGAGUUUAGGAGUAAGGCCAAUAUCUCCCCAGUUACAACCACUGCAUCCAGCAACCUCACUUCCCACGGCAGUCAGUGCAGUGGGUGAUGAGCCCAAGAAAACGGCAGCAGCUAUGGCAGAUAAGCUUGCAUCUUUGUCAGCACCUGAGCAGGUGCUGUCCUCCAUUUUCUCAUCCUUUGUUGCUGAGCAAGCUGCUUCCAUGAAUAGUGGAUCUCUUUCUGGAGAACUCUCUGCAGGACCGCCAGGCUUCCAGAUUGAAAAGAGGCCUAGGCUUGAGAAAUCCGUGCAGGCAGGUGACACGGUUGCUCCUCCCUAUUUUGGGCAAUUGACACAGGUGCAACGACAGAUUGGAGCAGUACCUACUUCUCUUGGAGGCACACAACCACCAGCACAACCAAAUCAAGCACCUGGCCCAUUUCCACCUCCACCACCAUUGCCAUCUCUAUUGCCACCACUUCUGCAACAAUUUGGUCAAAGUACUGGAGGAAUGAUCGGAAUGGGACCUUUCGCAAUGAUGGCCGGCUCUAUGCCGCCUCCGCCACCAUUGUCUAACAUUCUGCCAGCAGGUUUUCCAAGACCAAGUGGGCCACCGCCUCCACCUCCGCUUACACCAGCUCAGAACCAACCCCAGCAACAGCAGUCUCCUCAGGCACCACAGCAGACGCCGACAUCAACUGGAUUCUUUCAAUCAUCAGGCAUUGGGUUCUUCCCACCGGUGCAGGUGCAGCAAUCUCCAUCUGUGCAACGACAGUGAUUCAACGGCAUUCAUCAAGGCUUUAAAGGCAGCACCUUGUGCUAACUUUGUAUAUUAAACAAUAAUCCCCGAGUAUUAAGCUUUUACUGGUCCUGCAAUCGAAGCAGGAUCAAUGCUCACGAAUUGGAAAGAUUUGUAGAAUAGGCAUGUGGCUUUUGAGGUGUAUAACUGUUCCUUUUGGUCUGAGGAGUUUGUUUUAACUCUUCCUGGUCAUGUGAAGUAGUUACUUCCUUUUUUUGCACUUCCCCUUAAUUAGUCCCGAGGCAAACAAUAGUGACAGUAACAUUGUUGCUUAAGUGUUGCCCAAUGCUAGAACAGUUUUAGGGAUCAAAGAGUUGUAGAACUUACUGGUCAUAGUCUCAUAGAUAUGAUGUGAACUGCAAAUAUUUUUCCUGUUCAAAUUUAUUUAUUAUCAUUUUUAUUAUAA